GGAAUUGAUACAUACAAUCUUUUGUUCCUCCUUUGGGGAAUGAUACACGAGAGCUGCCGACGAUGAGCAGGGCUUGUCAGCAUCUGUUUGGAAGAGGGGAAAAAAAAUCAAGGCUUUGAAUUGUAAUCAUGAAUUUGGAGAAGAUUAACGUAGAUGACAAACUAUUUGUUUAACUUACCAGAGAUUUGUUGACUUCAAAGUGUGGAUAAUUAGAAAUCAGCACGAAGAUCUCAAAAUUUUCUUUCUUUCUUUCUAUCUUUCUUUACUUCUCGAAAUUGAGGCCUGCUAAUUUCCAGAGCCGUUGUCCUUUUCCACCAGUGCUACAGAAGCGGUGCCUCGGUGCUGCUUCCCCAUCCUUUGUUUCGUCCACCCAAAGCGGCGAGCUUUUACAGUUUUACUUUGUCAUUCUCUCCUUUCCCCCCUUCCCACAUCAGUGAAAAAGGUGGGAUUUUGAAGGUGGAAGUAGAGGAAAGAUCUUGCCUUUCUUCUCAAUCUGUUGUUUCUAGCUUCUACGGCGUUGGAUUCAGAUUUGCGGAGAGUGAGAUUCGAGAAAUGCGUCAGUUUUCUUUCCUUCUCCACCGUUCUUGAUUCCGCCUUGUAAUUUUUGGUCAAUGGCGUCGGUUCCUGUCGCCGUCGUUUUGUUGCUUCUCGUCCUGGGCCUCGAGUUCGAGCCCUCGUCGGGGAACCCGGAGGUGGCGGCGCUGAUGGAGAUGAAGGCGGUCCUGGACCCGGAGGACCGGUUCCUCUCGUCCUGGACCGUUGACGGUGACCCAUGUCGUGGCGACUUCGAGGGAGUGGCGUGCAACGAGCACGGCAAAGUGGCGAACAUCUCGCUGCAGGGAAAGGGUCUCUCCGGCUCCAUCUCCCCGGCGGUGGCGGUGCUCAAGUGCCUCUCAGGCCUCUAUCUGCACUACAAUGCGUUGACCGGGAGGAUUCCGCGCGAAAUCGGCAACCUCACUGAGCUCACCGACCUCUACCUCAACGUCAACAAUCUCUCUGGGAGCAUUCCUGUGGAGCUAGGGAACAUGUCGAGCCUGCAGGUGUUGCAGUUAUGCCAUAACCAGCUAAGUGGUAGUAUACCAACCCAAGUAGGGCAUCUGAAGAAGCUUAGCAUUGUUGCCUUGCAAUCCAAUCUCUUGAAUGGAGCAAUCCCUGCAAGCUUAGGCGAUUUGACUCAGCUGUUACGAUUAGAUUUGAGUUUCAAUAAGCUGUUUGGCUCCAUCCCUGUCAAGCUAGCUCGCCUCCCUCAGUUGACAGUGUUGGAUGUUAGAAAUAACUCUCUUUCCGGCAAUGUACCUACUGGUCUGAAGAGUCUGGGCGAACGAUUUCAGUAUGGAAACAACAAAGGAUUGUGUGGUGUUGGAUUUGCUUCACUCCAGGUUUGUGAUUUAUAUGAUCCUCUCGGGCCUAACAAGCCGGAACCUUUUGGACCAGAAUCGAGAACGAAGCCACAGCAGAUUCCUGAGUCUGCAAACUUAAACUCAAACUGCAAUGAUUCUAGCUGUUCGAAUGAAGAAAGAUCCUCGAAAACCAUUGUGAUUGUUGUUGUUGCCAUUUUAGUUUGUGGGGCAAUCUCAGGGCUCUUUGCCUGUGUCUGGUACCGUCGAAGGAAGCAAAAGAUUGGCAGUGCGCUUGAGGUAUCGGAUAGCCGGCUCAGCACUGAUCAGCCAAAGGAAAUAUAUCGCAAGAGUGCCUCCCCACUCAUCAGCCUUGAGUAUUCGGGUGGAUGGGAUCCUUUAGCCGAUGGCAGAAGUGGUGUUGGCUUCUCAGAGGAGGUGUCGCAGAGCUUCAGGUUCAAUCUGGAGGAGGUCGAGUGUGCAACUCAGUACUUUUCGGAGGUUAACUUGCUAGGAAAAAGUAGUUUUGCAGCAACUUACAAGGGCAUCUUGCGAGAUGGAAGUAUAGUUGCUGUUAAGAGCAUCAACAAGACGAGCUGCAAAACCGAUGAAGCUGAAUUCUUGAAAGGUUUGAAGUUGCUCACUCUGUUGCGGCAUGACAAUCUUGUCGCAUUGAGAGGGUUCUGCUGCUCGAGAGGAAGGGGAGAAUGUUUCCUAGUGUAUGAUCACAUUCCAAAUGGUAACCUAGUUCAGUAUCUAGAUUUGAAGGAGAAUCCAGGAAGAGUUCUCGACUGGCCUACAAGAGUUUCGAUCGUCAAAGGCAUUGCGAAAGGCAUUCAUUAUCUACACAGCAACAGACCGAACAAGCCCACAAUUGUCCAUCAAAACAUAUCGGCAGAAAAAAUCCUGAUCGAUCAGCAUUUCAUCCCUCAACUCUCUGGUUCUGGUCUGCACAAACUCUUCGCUGAUGAUGUCGUCUUCUCCACACUCAAAGCUAGUGCUGCCAUGGGCUACUUAGCUCCAGAAUACACAACUGUUGGACGAUUCACAGAAAAGAGUGAUGUAUAUUCGUUUGGAGUCAUCAUCUUCCAAAUCCUUGCUGGAAAAACAAAUGUAAACCAUUUGCGAUUGGGUCAGGAUUCUGGCAAGCUUGAAAACAUCGUCGAUGAGAAUCUUCAUGGCGACUACUCUAGAAAAGAGGCAGCUACACUUGCUGGAAUUGCAUUGGUUUGCACAAGCGAGGUACCAAACCAGAGGCCGACUAUGGAGACUGUGCUCAAACAGCUGAACAUGAAUUGAUCGCUCUGCGCCUGCUGCACUCUAUUCCUAAUCGCAGGGAUGUUUAUCGCUAUGUGGUCUGUGACCUUUGCUAACUGCUGACCUGGAGAAACAGAUACUUGCUCGAGUAAUGAACUCUGCAUAUUGGUAAGCUUAGCCAUGUAAUAUGUGCUUUGUUGCAAACUAUUCCAUCAGAGGGAAUGCAAUCUUUUGAUCCUUCAGCUGCACUAACAAUGUGGUAAAAUUAGCUUCAUCUAUGCACUAAUUUUAUGUAAUCUGGUCAUUCAGACAAUUGAUGAUCAAUGCAAAACUGGAACUUUGUUGAAUGCAUCAAUGUGUAUGAUCAAAUUAUCUAGUUACCUUUGUAAGAGAUGGUUUUGCUCAA